AACUGAAUUAUUAAAAAAUUAGAUGAAAUUUUAAUUAUAAAUCAGGGGAGAAGAAAACAGAUAAGAUGUACGUGGCACUGCCUUCUCCUUUCGAAGAGCUUAGAGCGGCCACCUAGUCAGCUCCGUGAAGUGGGAGAAAGAAAGGGCGUCGACGGAUGCUUCGGUUCUGCAACAAUGGCUGCCGCGCUUCAGACCAAUGCUAGAGCGACAGCGAAUCGGUUCAGCACCACAGCUCUACCAAAUUUCUCCUCCGGAAAACACCGCAAGAAAUUUGAAGCGGUAAGGUGUAGCUUGAUCGGCAGUCCAGAAUCGGAAGGCAGCCGCCGGCGAUUGCUAUCCAUUUCCCUUCUCGCCUCUCAGCUGCAAUUUCUACUUCCUCCGAACAAUGCAUUUGCAGGCAGCUUGUUGGAUAAGUAUGUUAAAAGGAAGAAGCUUGACCCUCUGGAGGUAUACGUCCCAGCAGUGAUAUUGACUGAGAUGCAGAUCAAGGAUUUGGGUAAAUGCUAGAUACUUUCCUUCCAAUUAGAGGAAUGUUAUGAAAAUCUUACCCUGUGAGAAUGGGGAAAACAGUUUGUAUCAUCCUACAUUCUGUCUUCAUUUGAGCCUUGAAAGUUAAUCAAUCUUGACGAAGAAUUCGCAUGUAUAUAGAGAAAACUCUGCAGGUCGAUAAGCCUGAAUUUGCCAGUUGCCGGACCCUACUGCGGUCCGGUCCAGCAGGAUCACUUCGAGUAAACAUUCGAGCAGUAAGUUCAAAGACUUGAUGUUCUCACUUCGCUUGCUUGCCGAUCGAAAUGGUGAAAGCCAGAUUUGGUCACUUUCUUUUGCCUGUAUGACAUCAGGAAAGUGCGUUUCUUGCACCAUUGUUUGACCUAUGAUUCCCUUUUCUCUGCAACCCGAUGUUGGAAAACCGAAUUUCAGGUAGCGCAAUAUGCAUCCGAUGCAGGAAAUGGGAAAGCAGCAUUCAACGACGUAGAUCAGUGUCUCAGGUAGGUAAUAGUCCCCACCAACAGAGCUCCAUCACCGGGCCAAUGUUUUGGCGCUUAGAAGCCGUUUGUCUCGUGUUUCUUGUAGAGCAUUGGAGGAUCUUGAUUCCUUGUUCCUUCGAGCAUCAAGAAACAAUCCAGAUGCCUCAGUCAAAUUGAUGAAAGCAAAGAUAGUUGAUGCUCUUAGAGCGUUGGACAGCCUCCUGAACACUGUUCCUCCAGAGGUACUGGAUAAGGGGAGAGCUAUUGCAGAUGCCUACAAUGCACCAGAAGGAGAAGCAGAUACACAACCAGAGAUCGUAGACCCCGAGCUCAAACAGCUCGAAUCAAUUUUGUAACAGUUUAGUUCAAAACUUCUCAUGGCAGCUUCCAACUCAAUGCAGUACCCUAUACUUCCGAGUUGCACAACAAUGCUCACAAGAAUGUAGAGGAUACUUCAAUUCCCUCGUUCUAAUGCCGCGUUUUAAUUUUAUCUAGCCCUUUCUCUGUCAAUUACUGCUUGAAGUUCAAGUCUGCCGAACCAUGAUUCCGCAUGGAAUAGAAAGUAAGACCAUGCAUAUUGCAGGCAAUAACACA